CACACGGCCUUCCCGACACAACAUUUCCUCUCCCCCGACGCCGCGUGGCUUUCCCUCCCCUCCCCUCCCCUCUGCCAAGCGUGCCUGCAGCCUCUCUGCGCCUCGACCUUUUUCCUUGGAAGCUCUGGAUUCUAUCGCCAUGAAGGCCCCCCGAGCCCUACUCCUCGCCGUGGCCGCCGCCUGCGCCUGCGUGUCCUCGGCGAUGCGGCAGGUCGAGCUCGACCAGGUCGAGCCGCUGCAGCUCUCCUCCUUCGACGGCUACAAAUUCGGAAACUCUUUCGGCGCCGACGGAUACUACAGCUUCUUCUACCUGCUCCCGACGAGCUCGCGCUCCGAGCAGCGGACGGCCUCCGGCGAGGUGACAGGCGAGUACGCCUUCGUGGCGCCCGAGGGCGACGAGUUCGAGUUCCGCUACAGCGCCGGCGACGAGGGCUACCGCGUGGAGAGCGACGCGCUGCCGGUCGCGCCCGAAGACACGGACGAGGUGAAGAGGGCCAAGGAGGAGUUCUUCGCCGCCUACGAGAAGGCGCUCGAGCUGGCCGGCUCCUACGAGGACGACGAGGAGUCGUCGGAGGAGUCGUCCGAGGAGUAUGGCGAGGAGUCUGACGAGGACUCCAGCGAGGAGUCCGACGAGGACGAAGACUCCGAAGAAGAUGAAGAGGAGGAAGAAGAGGAAGGAGAGAAGGAAGAAGAAGGAAAGGAGUCCAAGGCGCUCCCCAAAUUCCAGAGCUUCGCCCGACCGGGUCCCGGCUUCGGCCAGAAGAUCAGGAAGCCCUCCUACCCGUACCCGUACUCGCGAUGAGGCCCGCCCUUCCCGCAGCAACGCUCAGGUCGAUAUUCCUCCGCGCGCGAAGGGCACGUUCGCCCUUCUCGCACCUAUCCUUAAGGCCCAUUUCUUUCCCCUGAAUCCUCGCAGUGACGCCCUUCUGGCCCGGCCUCGGGCCUCGCAUCCAAAAGACGCUUCUGGUGUGCAGCAACGAGUGGAAAUCUGUACAUUCUAGUUCCCUUCUCGUUCCUAAUCGUGUUUUCAGCGAUGGUCGGGCGCCUCUGAGUGGACCGCUUGCUCAGUCGAAAAAUCAUUUCCAGAAAUUGGACAAAAUUAAAGAAAAUUAGAAUGAUCGAGAAUCGUCCACAUUCACCUGAAUGGGUGUGGUCAGUAAGGUUUAUAAAAUAAUUUCAUUAUCACCAGUGAUAUCGAAGAUCAAUUAACGAAAUAGAAAUGAAAAUUGUGUCUCCACAAACGAAAAGAAAUGGAAAAAAAGGUUCGCCAGACGCCUUACUAGAGCAAUGAGUAUCUUGGUAGGCUUAUCUUCCUCCACCCUCUCACCUCCUCCGCCGACUCUGCUGUCAAGGCACGCUUAUAGAUAUCCAGAUGUUUAUAUAUUUAAUUUACCAUAUGUAUAAUGAUGUACAAAUAGUUGCCCCUCGAUAUUGUACAGGCUUCGGCAAGACGCUAAUUCUCAUAGAACUGAUAUUUAUAUUUUUAUACUCAUCAACUUUAUGGCAAUAAAGCUUGAGAAAAAAAU